UUUCAGAUAAACUCAACGAAUAUCUUAAAAGUCCAAACUUUGCCAAUGACAUGUUAUCAUGCCUUAGAGAGAACUCUUGGAGGAAUCUAUGACAAGUAUUGUUGGGGAUUAGAUGUGUCAACAUCACCAAGUCCCACUCUCAUGCCUCAAAGAAGCAUGCCAUUCAAUCAAAGCUUGGCAAAACACUCUAGUUUGCUUUGUGAGCAAAAGAAGGAAUUGCCAGCAAAGAUUAUCACGAAGAAAGCCACAGUGAGUGCUCUACCUGACAUCUCCCAAAACCUUCGUAUGGUUCUUCAAAUAAUUGGGAGUAAUCAAGAAGUGAGCUUCAGAGCAACUUCAAAAAGCUCUAGAGGUCUUCACAAUGGCGCUUCUAGAAGAAGAUCGAGGUACAUCGGAUUGCUCGGCAAUGGAAAGCGCUGGCAGGUCCUUAUUAACGUCCGCAGCAAGAAGAAAUACAUCGGAACCUUCAAAUGUGAGAAGGAAGCUGCUGUUAUGCACGACUUGUAUUCGAUCGGAAUCAACGGAAUGAGAGGGAAAACCAACUUCAACUACGAUAGCUCCACUCUGCAAGACAUGAUUAUGGACUACUUCACCAACGAGGGGUGUUUCGAUGCUCAUAAGUUUAUAUCGAGAGUUUAAUAGAUGU